AUGGAGUUAAUAAACAAAGACGUAUUGGGGCUUAUAGACAAUUUUACAUUCAAUUCGAUUUUUUCUUUCAAACAAGAUCCAAAACUUGUUUCGGCCAUAGAUAAACUAUUCCAAAAGGAAAAACCAGGAUUGAAUCUAGUUUUACCAGAACGAAAAUUAGACUUCGGCGAAGUUUGUCAGCUUCUAAAAGGAUCACCAACUAAUAAAGGUGAAUUUUUGGAGCUAUCCCUAGAAGAAGCGAAAAAUAAAAGAAGAGGGAUUAUAAAAAAAAUAGAAAAGAUUUUGGAAGAUGUCAAUAAUAAUGCACAGAGCGGCUCUACGCCUAAACUUAUUAUACGUAAUCAGAGCUUAUGGAGUAAUUGCAUUUAUGAUUUAGAUCGUGUUACUUUAAAAAGUUCACAAGUUGCCAAAAAGACAACAUUGCUAUAUUCAAACGGUGACGAUAAAUCGCGUUUUAAUACGAUAAUUUUCAUUUUGACCAAAGCCCAUGAAUUGCUUUCGAAAAAUUUAUCAGUAACAAGGAGAGAACUAUUCUAUCAGAAUAUUUCAAGAUUUAGAAGCCAAACUAAAUUAGAUGUUGGAAUCAGAGACGUGUGCUGCUUGCUUGAGACUCCACCGUGGAGCUUAGGCAUUGUUGCAACAGCAAAAGGUCUUAUAGCAGGUCCUUUAAAAAUUUUCAAUGCGGAUGGUAUUGUUAUGGACUGUAUGGCAACAGGCGGCAUUUUAAUACCACAAGAUAUUAAUGGGAUAAAAGAAUUUCAGUCAACAGCUAAGUACAUCUUAGUGGUGGAAAAAGAUGCAAUUUUCCAAAAAUUACUUGAUGAAGGGGCACUUAUACGUUUGGGUCCUGUGAUUAUAUUGACGGGGAAGGGAUAUCCUGACGUUUGUACUAGACAGCUGCUUUGCCGAUUAGUGACAGAGUUGCGAUUGAAAGCACUCGCUCUGGUGGACUACGACCCUCAUGGGUAUGAAAUCUUCCUUACAUACAAAUAUGGUUCACUGUCACAGUCACACUUAUCGAAUACUCUAGCAUGUAGUAGCUUGCUGCUUCUCGGAGUUCGCCCCAAUGAUGUCACGACUCUAGCUCCUAAGGCUGCUCGUUUGCCCCUAACAGUGUUGGAUAAACGAAAACUUACGUCUUUAAUAAAAAGACCUUACUUAGAAUCGCCAUCAGGGAACCGAAUUAAAGAAGACCUGAUGGGCAUGCUGGCCAGUGGUAUGAAGGCAGAGAUAGAAGCUGUGGCUUCCACCACCGCGGCGCUUUGUGAUUCGUACCUGCCUUCCAAAAUUAUACAAGCUGAUUAUUUGGGAUGA